AUGGCAUUUCCGGCGUCUGCAAUUACCACUUCAGUUUCUCCGGUUACAUCAUUCAAUAGCCGACUGUGUCAUUUCCAUAGGCCCUUCUUUAUACAUGUUCACUCUUAUCAAGUUUCAGCAACUUCUUCAGUAAAACAGCUACCUAGGAUGCAACAGUUUCAUGUGCCUCCUAAGUAUAAAAUGUACUUCACUUAUACCCAGGACAAAUUAUUGGGGUUCAUUCCUGAUUCAGUUAAACAGUUCCCUUGGAAGGAAGCCAAGGAUGUGGCACAGCAGCAAUUACUGGUUUCGGGGAAAGAGGCACUGAAAUGGUCACUUACUGCAAUCUUAAUCUUCAGUUUUGCUUCUGAUAUUAUAUAUUCUAUUUCCAGAAACAAAGAAUUGCUAAUUCCUUUUGGUCUUUUUGUUGGAUGCUUGACGACCAACUACCUUAACGAGGUAUUUCAAGAAUUAUCACAUCAUGAUAAGGAGAAAGGAAGGACUUGGCAACUUUUGGGCAUAUAUUGCUUCUUUAUUUUCGUUAAUGUUAUAUCACUAUAUUUUCCAGUAGGAGGAAAGAUAAAGAUGAAAGAGAAAUAUAUGGAUGAAGUGUGUCGACCCCCAGAGAAAAUGCCUCGCUGGACCUAUACUGGCUCUUCUGGGGCGUUUGAUCAACAUAAUUGGAUGCAUGAAGUCAUGUUAGUGACAUUCAAGAUUGUCUCAACGAAACAUCCUACUUGGUCUUAG